UGGUUGCAGUGUUCUGUUAUUGAAAGAGGACAACAGCAUGGGGGAAGCCGAGGUUGUUCCAGCCGACGAAAAACAGGCAGACUCGGGGAUCAAUCCCAUCGAAAACUCGGUGGUAUGGAGUCAAGAAGUCGAGGUGUGCCUGUUCCAUGCAAUGCUAGGUCACAAACCUGUAGGUAAGAAUAUAAAGUUAGCUAGCUAAUCGUAUGGUAGCUUGCUAACCAAACGUUAGCUAACGAGCUGUGUGUUGAUCAUGUAGGCCUGAAAGCCUCAGGUUGUAGUGGAGACGUGACGCGGAAGACGAGACAAGAGCCCGCCAUCCACAAGCACAACAACCCCCCAACAAGUUAGCUAGCCAGCUAUUAACAGCUAGCUAUCUACUCAUAGCCAGACAAUGACACAUCUCAAUGAACUCACACAAUCCUUGACCAUUUUAGCUUGCUGGCUAGCUAGCUAAACGUCUGCAUGUUGUUGUCUCAAAGUCUGUUGGUAAAAUGUUUUCACUGAGAUAGCGUUCGCUAGCGCGCCAAUUGAACUUCCGGUCUGACAUAAACAUCUGGAAAUCAUAACACAAACACCUUCUUCUGCCAAAAUCAAUUGCAUUAUCUUUUUUUAAUCUGCCGUUAGCUUAUUGUAUUAGCUACAGAAGAAGUAAACUAGCUAUCUCUAGUUUUACUUUUGGGCAACAUAUUGCCUAAUUAGCUUAGGUAAUGCAGGGUUCUUUGUCAUGAUCUAUAACUGGAUUUGAAUGGUCUGCGUAUGGAAUAUUGAAUCAGAUUGUCAACCUACCACUGUGUCUGGAAUUUCUUUCUGCAGGGGUAAAUCGUCACUUUCACAUGAUCUGCAUUCGCGAUAAAUUCAGCCAGAAUAUUGGGAGGCAAGUGUCAUCAAAGGUGAUCUGGGACCACCUGGGAACUAUGUAUGACAUGUCAGCCUUGGUGAGGAGAGCAUCAUAAUCUUUGUCUGGCAUAUGUAAUAGAUUGUUAUAGAGUCACAGUCAGCCAUAAUCUUUGUUUUUAUGUAACACUGAAUACUAAUGAUAAAGUCACACAUUCUGUCCACUGCAGCAUGAGUCCGAAAUAUUGCCGUUUCCCAACUCAGAGAAGAGCUUCAAUCUUCCAGACGAGAUUAUUGAAGCGGUAAAAGAAGGUAAAGUCUAUUUUUUCAGAAUCCACUAAACUUACCAAAAUGCUGAACUACUGGAAAGUCCAUACUCUCUCUUUCUGCCUCGAACAGGUAAACUGGUAUCCGAGGACGACAUGAAAGACGAUUUUAAAGAAGAUCGAGACCCCCCAGCCAUGCAUGAAGAAGGUUCUCUCCCUCAUUCAAUUACAUUAGCUAUAUUUCACCUCCUAUGCUCCCCUCUUACUCUCCUCUUUCUCUCUGACGUGAGUCCAUGCAUCUCUUCUCCUCUGGCACAAAAAGCGACAUCCCUCACCCUGGUCGUUUGUGUCUCGUUUUUAAAGGUCUGAGUCCCAGUAUGGCUGCUGGCCAGGAUUUUGAGAGGUAUGGACAGAAGGACUCUUUCGAUCUGUUCCAAAACUCCAGCUUGACCCCAGUACAGACCAGCUCAUAACCAGAGGCUUCUUUAGAGUGACCACCCGCCUAGUGCACAGAAAAAUGUGCGUCUCUAUUUUUCUCAGUUUCUCUUUUUCUCUCCUUUUAACUUUUGUUUUGUUUUGAGGACAUUUUCAAGCAUGGCAUGUCGAUUUUUGUUAUAGUUCUUUAUUGUUUUGUUUUGAUGGAAUUUGAUUACAUAAGACAGAAGAUAUAAUUGCAUGCUUCAAAUGGGUGGUGAUGGGAAAUGGAGGCUAUCACUUAGUGCUCUUGAACCGGCCUUUUCUCUCUUCUAUCAUCUAUCCUUUUCUUAAGACUAUUUGAAUGUCAUCUCUCUGUUGAACUCCACUCUGGUCCUCUAUCCACCACUAUGCCCCUGGUCUAUUGUACAUGAUAUCGUUAAUGGAUGUACCCAGCAAACAGUACCGCCUGACACUAGAAUAACAACUGGUUUAAUUUGAGUCCACCAUACCCUACCAAGUCACUGUAGUAGCUAGGGCCGGGACGAUACCAGUAUCGCAAUAGUAUCGUUGCAAGGAAAUAAAACACGAAGCAGAUUUAACUUCUUUAGGAUAACAGCACUAAUGUUGCAAACAAAUAUAAUUAUGUUGUCAUCCAGUGUCCCAUUUAUUUAUUUUCCAAGCUAUAGCACACAAUAUUUUACAUACAGCAGGUUUUUAAAGGGCCAAAGAGUUUGGUUUUCUUUGUGUUUUCAUUUUUACCAUGGAAAAAAUAUUGUAAUACUGGUAUUGUCCCGGCCCUAGUAGUAGCAGUCACUUUAUGCCUUGGACUGAGUGAUACAGAAUCUUUUAAACAGUCAAUCAAUUGCAAAACCUCCCUCCCCUUACCUGAAAACUCCCCCUCAUCUUCUCUUUCUCUCCUUCUUGUCUCUCUCAGGCAGCAACUCCUCGGUGAAGAUGACAGAGAGGGCGGUCAGCAAAGACAAGGACAGAGAAAGAGACCGAGAGAAGGGUUCCGCUGAGGGCGGCCCAGGGAAGGAGGCAGCAGACAAGAGGAAGAGGAACCGUGCCACUGAGAAGGUGCUCAACUCCAGCAGCAACCCCUCCAGCCCCGGUGGAGCCAAGCGGAGAAGGACAUAGGCCAAGCCACCAGGAGGUGCCCCCGAGAUAUCAGCCACUGCAGAGAGCAGGAGACACCAGGGGGAGGAGGAGAGACCUGGGACUGGAGAGACUCAUCUGUGAAGCGUGGGGGAGAGAAUGACAGGAGAGUGACAUUUUAUGAGUAAUAGAUAAUAGAGCUAUUUGGACAAUGCUGAAUUUGUGGACAGGUAUCCAGGAUACCUCAUGAAGAACUUUUAUCCCCAUGGAAGCUGCAAUUUUAGACGUAUGUUGUGUUUUCUCAGAACAACUAGAAAUAUGUAGCAUUCCCCAUUGUCACACAAUCUCUGAAAGCCACACCGCAAUAGCAAUGCGAUGACUACAACACUGAAUCGUAUCGGUCAUGAUGAUCAAUAUACUGUCACAGCAUCUGGUAUAUUUGGACCAUCCCCUCCCUCCUGUCCUCAGCUGUGCUGUGGAUCAGAGGCCAGCAUCCCAGUUUAGUAAUAUUGACACAAUUCAAGCUGACGCAUAUCAAUGCUUCUGCACUGACAUCAGAAUAAGUGUAAUGGUACUAAUGCUUGUGUUCAGGCUUGUGUUAUGUGAAGUUCUCUUGUUUGGCGUUGGAGAAAUGCUGGACCACUAAAUCACAGCAAUACGCUGUAUGUGACUGGCUGGACGCUUGUAUUAAUUGAUUGUCAUUUUUCUAGUUCUGAACUGUUACAAGUGGUUAUAAACACAUGUAUAGAGCUAUUUCUGGUAGCUUACCUUGUCCACCUCUUCCAGUUAUUGCCAACCAGAUUGUCAUUGUGCCUCGUUAUAUCUGUAUAAACUGUAGUUGCCAGUGGUGCAAAAUGUUGGUUAAUUCCCCCUUUUUUCUACAGUAAUUGUUUUACGUAAUUUUGUCCUUAGGGAUUAUCGAAUCUGCAUUUUUUGGUAAUUGCUCAAAUGUAUUUUUCUGUCUGUCUCAAUGACUGACUUUUCAGAAUAAAAUAAAACGAUGUGUAGGUGUAGCUGUAGUAUCCUUCCAUGUGAGAUUUAUUCGUUUUUUGUCUAUUUAUUUGACCUAUUCCAUUUUAAGGCAUAAUUCCCAUUAAAUAUGAGUUUUGACUAA